GGAAAGAGACGACGGUGGUCGACUCACUCGAAGCAGCUCUCAGUCUGACAGGUGUUGCCAUGGCGCUUCGAGCCCUCUUCACCAAGACAGCCCCAACCCUAGCUUCCGGCCUCGGUCCCUUCGCCUCCGCCGGAGGCAGUGGGACGAGGUGGCAGGGGCUCUGCCACGCCCGGGGGCUCAAGGUCGCGGCGCUUCCGGACCUCGAGUACGACUACGGUGCCCUCGAGCCGGCCAUCAGCGGGGAGAUCAUGCGGCUUCACCACCAGAAGCACCACAAGGCCUACGUCUCCAACUACAACGACGCCCUGGAGAAGCUCGACGCGGCCAUGGCGAAGGGGGAUGUCCCCGCUGUGGUCCGUCUGCAGAGCGCCAUCAAGUUCAACGGCGGAGGCCAUAUCAACCACACAAUCUUCUGGAAAAAUCUCAAGCCUGUCAAUGAAGGUGGUGGCGAGCCUCCUCAUGCCACACUAGGUUGGGCAAUUGACACAGACUUUGGUUCCUUGGAGGCUCUGGUGCAGAAAAUGAAUGCAGAAGGUGCUGCCUUACAGGGAUCUGGAUGGGUGUGGUUAGCUCUAGAUAAGGAGAGGAAGAAGCUCCUGGUUGAAGCCACUGCAAAUCAGGAUCCACUAGUGACCAAAGGCGCAAACCUAGUUCCUCUGCUAGGUAUCGAUGUGUGGGAGCAUGCAUACUACCUGCAGUAUAAAAAUGUGAAGCCAGAGUAUCUGAAGAACAUUUGGAGUGUUAUGAACUGGAAAUAUGCCAGUGAAGUUUACGACAGCGAGAUCGCUUGAUGGAGAUGUUGUAUUGUAAGUUCUCUAGUGAGAUCCUCUACUGUGUUAAAAUAAGAUGGAUCUUUGCUAGCUUGAUGCUGUUUCCCUUUCUAAUGUAUCUACACCAUCAGUA